AGAGGGCACUAUAAACUACAUUUCCCGCUGAGUGGGUGGCUACGGCAGGCCACGAGGUACAGCUACAGCGCACUGUCUGCUCUUGGAGAGAGCGCCUGAGGACCAGGCCGGGAAGGGGUUGUUUGUUCUUCCCUUCUUUCCUGAGCUCAGGGAGGGCUGGCUCGGCUUUCUCUCGCCCCGCCGCCGGGAGUCCCUUUCCCGGAUCCUGCAUCAAAAAUUCAGAGCUGGCGGCUACUGCUCCGUGGGAGUAAGGGGGGCGUCCCUCUUCAGCCCAGCCAACCCAGCGAUUGUCUGCGCCUCCAUGGGCCCGACCCGGAAGCCCAACGUGUGCAGCCAGCUGAGUCGCCGGGCGCUGGGCUUCUUCGCGCGUGACGCAGGCGUGGUGCAGAGGACAAACCUGGGCAUCCUGCGGGCUCUGGUGUGCCAGGAAAGUACUAAAUUUAAAAAUGUUUGGACAACUCAUUCCAAAUCACCUAUAGCCUAUGAGAGAGGAAGAAUAUAUUUUGACAAUUAUCGGUGUUGUGUCAGCAGUGUUGCAUCAGAGCCAAGAAAACUUUAUGAAAUGCCAAAAUGUCCCAAGUCAGAAAAAAUAGAGGAUGCUUUAUUAUGGGAAUGUCCAGUGGGAGAUGUUCUUUCCAAUCCAUCAGAUUAUAAAUCCUCACUCAUAGCUCUGACUGCUCAUAAUUGGCUACUUCGUAUAUCAGCAACUACAGGAAAAAUUCUUGAAAAAAUAUAUCUCGCCUCUUAUUGCAAAUUCAGGUACCUGAGUUGGGACACUCCUCAAGAAGUCAUCACAAUCAAGUCAGCUCAAAACAAAUGCUCAGUACUGGCACGUCAGGCAGGCAUUCAGCAGACAGUUUUGUUAUACCUUGCAGUGUUCCAAGUUCUGCCUUUUUCACUUGUAGGGAUUGUAGAGAUCAACAAAAGGAUUUUCGGAAAUGUUACCGAUGCCACUCUUUCUCAUGGAAUACUGAUUGUGAUGUACAGCUCAGGACUGGUUAGACUCUACAGCUUCCAAGCCAUCACUGAACAGUUCACGCAACAGAAACUUGACUUAGGGUGUGCAUGCAGAUGGGGUGGGACUACUGGAACUGUAGGAGAGGCUCCCUUUGGCAUCCCUUGUAAUAUUAAAAUCACAGACUCGCCACCAUUGCUCUUUGAGGUGUCAUCUCUGGAAAAUGCUUUUCAGAUUGGAGGCCACCCUUGGCACUACAUCAUCACACCCAAUAAGAAGAAACAGAAAGGAGUUUUCCAUAUUUGUGCCUUGAAGGAUAAUUCCUUGGCAAAAAAUGGGAUCCAAGAAAUGGACUGUUGUUCUUUAGAAUCUGACUGGAUCUAUUUCCAUCCUGAUGCUUCUGGUAGAAUAAUACAUGUUGGCCCAAAUCAAAUCAAAAUUUUAAAGCUAAAUGAAAUAGAAAAUAAUAGUUCUCAGCAUCAGAUAUCUGAAGAUUUUGUAAUUUUGGCCAAUAGGGAGAACAAGAAAGAAAAUUUAAUCACUGUUACAGCUUCUGGACGGGUGGUAAAAAAAUGUUUUAACCUUCUGGAUGAUGACCCAGAGCAAGAGACUUUCAAAAUUGUGGACUAUGAAGAUGAAUUGGAUUUGCUCUCUGUGGUAGCUGUUACUCAGAUAGACGCUGAAGGAAAGGCUCACCUGGAUUUCCACUGUAAUGAAUAUGGAACUUUACUUAAAAGCAUUCCACUGGUAGAGUCAUGGGAUGUGACAUACAGCCAUGAAGUCUACUUUGACAGAGAUUUGGUGCUACACAUAGAGCAGAAACCCAAUAGAGUCUUCAGCUGCUAUGUUUACCAGAUGGUGUGUGACCCUGCAGAAGAGGAAGAAGGAGAAGACGAUGACGAAGAAGACGAAGAAGCAGAAGAAGCAGAAGAAGAAGCGGAAAUCCUAAACACAAAUUGUUAAAAAGAGUGAGAUGAUUGUAACUUAUGAGACUGUUGGCCAAACACCUUAGAAACCGUCCAGUCCUCUUUUAUUAUCUGAAUGGUGCAUUCUACAGUUGAUGCUUUGUUUUGUUUUGUUUUUUUUCAGAAAAGGUCUUGCAUUAUUAACUUCAGAUGACUAACAUUAAACUCUUGCUGUAAAAGUUGGUGAAGUUUUUUAGAAUGCUGUCCCAAGAGGUCUAGCAUUUUGAAACUUUUAGCUAGAUGCUACUGCAAAUAUAAAAUGCUGAGAAGAGAGGAGGACAGGUUAAUACCUGAUGUUCUGGAGACAGGCAUUAAUUACUGUGAAGAGGUUUAACAUGAUUUUUAAAGGAUAGUAUGGAAUUUUGAUUGAUAAGGCUAGGAAAGACAGACAAAUAUAAAGAUGGCAAAAUACAUAAAGAAAUCCUAUAUCCUCUAUAUCAAACUUUGGUAAAAUAUAUAAUGUGAAAGCCUACUUUUGAGCCUUAAAAGUUUGGCAUCGUGUUUUUUUAAUUGUAUAUAUUUAUAUAUUUUUUAUAUUUGUGUAUAUUGAGAAUUAGUUCUAGUUCUCAAAUUACCUUUUUCUCCGUGGUUCUAUUCUCUUGCCUUGAUAUCCCUGUUAAAUAUUUUGUAUUUCUAUUAUAAACUAACGUAAAAGACUCUAGGCAACUUCAAAGGAAAUUUUUUUCUCAUCAGUAACCUAUUUAAAUCUAAGAAUAUUGCUGUCAUUCAUUCUACUUAUUAAAUGAGUAUGACCAUUUUGUUUAGACAAUAUUUUCUUAUGUGUACAAGAAAAUAAAGGGACCCUGGCCUGUCCCUUUUCAGUUUCUCAUAGAAGAGUCAGUUAAGUCCCAGAAGGAAUGUUUCCUGGCUUGGGAAAUACCUGAUUAACCAGAGAGAGUUUUUGGCUAUCUUAAUUAUGAAGGGAGUAUUUUUUGCUUCUGUUAGGACAUUUAUAAAUAUGAUAAUUACUCCAAUCAUCCUCCUGAGAAAGUUAAAUGAAGGCAGACUAAUUAAGGGAGAAAAAUGUUUGUUUAUGCUUUGUGUUCAAGACAUCCAGUUGGCUUGCAAUCCACUUGAUCAACACAUUUCUUUGAUGCAGCAUCAGAAGACUAAAAAAAAAAAA